CAUAUAUUUGAAUUUAGAUUUUGAUGGAGACUUUCGUUUUCUUCGCUGAAAUUGCUUGUGCGUUUCAUUGCUAUUUCCUUCUUAGAACUAGAGAACCACAACCAUUUUCUGAGUUAUUACUUCCUACAUAGCUCUAUAACCUCUAUUAUUACUUUAUUAGAUCUCUGAUCUUAAAUCGUCUCUCUGUCGUAGUAAUGGCUUCUUCUUCUUCUUUAUCUCUUUCAUUUCCUUCAUCUUCUUUGUCUCGAACCUGGGAUUACGAUGUUUUUCCGAGCUUUCACGGGGAAGAUGUACGCAAAGCCUUUCUCAGCCAGAUUCUCAAGAAGGAGUUUGGAAGAAAAGCAAUCAACUUUUUUGUUGAUCACGAGAUGGAGAGAGGAGAGUUCAUCGGUCCUGUACUCAAACAGGCGAUCAAAGGAUCUAAGAUUGCUCUUGUCUUGCUCUCCAAGAAUUACGCUUCUUCGUGGUGUUGUCUUGACGAAUUGGUGGAGAUCAUGAAGAAAGAGUCGGGUCAAACGGUGAUUACCAUUUUCUAUGAAGUUGAUCCAAAUGAAGUAAAGAAGCAGACCGGAGAUUUUGGGAAGGCCUUCAAAGAAACUUGUCAAGGUAAAACUGAGGAAAAGGUUCAGACAUGGAGGAAAGCUUUGGAGGGUGUGGGUUUGGCCACAAUCGCAGGUUUUCAUUCAAGCAACUGGUUCGUGUUCUUUAUUUAA